UCUCCUUAACAAAUUUAGCGAUUCAGUAUGUUGAAUGCUAUUUGGAUCUUUCUGCUACUAUUUUUUCUUAACACAUGAAUUGGCAUUCAGCCAUUUGGAUUUCUCUGUUGCUCUUAAUUUCUCAUUGAUACAUGAAUUGGCAUUUAGCAAUUUGGAUUUCUUUACUGGUCUUUCUAUUUAACACAUGAAUGGAUAUUUAGCAAUUCAGCUCUUUCUCCUGAACAUAUGAAUCAGCAAUUAACUUUUUGGAUCUCUGUUGCUCUUUCUCCUUAACACAUGAAUGGGAAUUUAGCAAUUCAGUCCUGUCGAUUUCCCAUGUGGAGCAGCUGAAGCAUGCAGGGAGGAUUGAUUAAUUAUGAACAAGGCCAACUUAAAUUAACUAACUCGGUGAAUGAAUGCUCUCACCGUUGAUGCAUGGAUUGACGCUCGAUUAAUUAAAACCUACCUAUCUAUCUAUAUAUAUAUAUAUAUAUAUAUAUAUAUAUAUAUAUGUACGGCCAUGAAUUUCCGUGAAUGCGACUACGACGAGGCAAAGAGUCUUGUGCUUGAAGGCUUGCUCCGUGGGUACGUACAGAAGAUCUGCGUGGAGGCAUGGAAGGGAGUCGGGGCGACCGCUUUACUCCGAGAGGUGGCGGAAGCGGUCGAGACGCGGGGGAAGCGCGUGUUUGAGACGGUGAUCAAGGUGGUGCGGCCCGCACCAUUUCGGAACCGCAGGGAGAUGCAGAGGGCGGUGGCAGAGCAGCUGAAUCUACUAUCUCCUUCGGUGACGGCCGCGUUCGACGCGGAAGACGAAGACAACGACUUCUCGGGUGAGGAACUCAGCUCAAGAGACCUGGUUUCGGAGGUCUUAAGGGAGAUAAACAGAGCUGUGAAGGAUCGUAGAGUGCUGCUCGUCCUUUGCAAUAAUAUUGCGGGUGGCCAGUUAAUUCAACCUCUUAGAUUGCCUUAUUCUAUCAUAGGGCGGUCGAGAGGCAAUGCGGUGUUGUGGACCUCUGGGAUGAAUAUAACCAGGGAAGUCGCAUCAGCAAGUGCAGAUUUUAUCCUAAGGAUUGAGCCAUCAGGCAGAACAACCGCACUUGAUCUUGUGUACAAGGAGGCCGUCGAGAUUGCCCGUUACAUUGAUGAGAGCAGCGGUGGGCGCUUGCGGACCGCCGGGCAAGUAGUCCUCCGUUGCUUUUGGUAUUGCCUGCUGUUGUUGCGUAGAGCAGCGUUUAACCGAUCAGCACUACUACCCGAUGAUGGUCGGCCCCUGGAAGAUGCUGUCAAGUAUUUUGUGUGCGACGGAAUUUUACAAGGAGAUGCGGCGUGGGAGAUUGUGAAAGCACUAGCUCCGCUGAUUGGACCUAUAGUAAAUGAUCAACAACUACAAUAUUGGCAUGAUACCUUUUCCACUUGGACGCCGAGUGCGUCUGACUUGUUGUUGUUGCCCCCAAAAACUUUAUCGAUCGACUCUACCACACAAGGAGAUUGGGUAAAGUUCUCAUCACCAUCAUCAUCGAAGGAGGAGGAAGAGGGUUACCGUUGGAUCUCAGUAUGCUCUCCUCAAACUAAUAAUCCAGAGCCAUGGGAUUUCUUCUUCAAAGAAUAUCGUGGUUCAGUCAUGUCUGAUGUUUCAUCCGUUUUUUGGCGUUUUGAGAAAACACACGAAUUAGCUCUACCGGACGGCUUCUUCGACUAUCUCAGCAACGUUCGAGUGCUAGACCUUCUCGGCUGCGUAGUAAGUCCUAUAGGAUAUUCCUCCUUCCUUCGUCUUCGCAACCUGAGAAUGCUUAGGCUGGAGCGGUGCAAAGUAACUUCUCUUGAUCCUAAUUCUCAUUCUUCAGCACCAAAGGGGCGACGAGAACCAUUCCUUUUUGAUAACUUAUGGGUCCUGAAUUUAUACAACUCGGAUGCCGAUGCGUUUCUUCUUGCAGGCAAAGCCAUUGAGCUCAUGCCUAACCUCCUGGAGCUCGAUCUCAAAGAAGAAACUUCUCUCCUACACCUGGUGGAUCUAAAUGAACUCCAAGAGCACAUGCACAAAUUGAAAGUUUUAAAGCUGUCAGGAAACAUCGACACCACUUUUUUGCGAAAGAGCAUAUCCAUGGCAAUCAGCCUCAAAGAACUUAUUCUCACUGAUUGCGAGGGGUUAGAAUAUCUAAACUUCAAUCUCCUUGCAACAAUUGAAACAAUCAGCCUACAAAGGUGCGCAUCGCUAAAAGAGGUGGAGCUUGUCGACCCUGCAGCAGCUCUUUUGCCCAACCUCAAGACCUUCCACCUCAGCGAGUCUAAGCUGAUCGCCAAGCUCUCCUUACAAGGAUGCCGUAAGUUGGAGAACGUAGACCUACAGGAAUUGACGGGGCUUGAGGCGCUCGAUCUUUCAUGCACCGCAAUAAAAGUGGUGGAUGUCAGCAAACUCCCACAACUGAAGCAAUUAUUUCUCCUCGGAUGCGAGCAACUCCGUAGAGUAGCCGGUCUUAAUAAAGGACCAAGCCUAGAUGUGCUGUACUUGGAUAACUACAACGGCGGCGGUGCUUGCGACGUCGAUCAGUGCCUUGAUUCCUUUCAAAAUCAAAGACUAAGUGAGCUAACCAAGGUAAGUAAUGAUGUUGAUCAGAGAUUAUUCCAUGCUCAUGUGGUCGUGAGGGAUGUUAGGCUCUUCCGGUCACUUUAUUAUGCCUUUCUUGAUGCAUUAAGAAGAGCAAAAUCCAGCUUCCAUAUCCACGUCAAGGGUUCUUCAACUGCUAAGAGAGGCACUAAUAUUGGUACUACCACCGGAUCGAAUGCUACUAUAACGUCGGCAUUAUGUUAUGCAGAUGUUUUAAACACUAUGACAGAUCGUCACUGUCAACAUCACCCGUCGCCACCUGCUAUGCCCCUGAAUAAUCACAUAGAGGUUGAUGGAGGUCACGAUUCCAGAAUAGUAGAGGAAGAUGACUUUGGAAACAUAAUGAGAUUUGCUAAUUCUUUAUUCAUUCACGACAACACAUCUAAGUUUACCAUGGGCAUUCAAUUCAGACAUCUCAAAUGUUUCCGCAUUGAGAGGUGCCCUAAUUUGGAGUUUAUCUUCUCUAGGCGGGAUGCGGCUAAUUUGAAGUUUAUCUUCUUUAGUUGGGGUGCGGCUUAUUCUUUGGAGAGCAUAUGGCUCAGCCAACUUCCGAGACUCAAAGCUUUAUGUAAACAAGAAAAGAUUGGGCAACUUAAGCAUAUUUACUUGGAGUUUUGCCCGAGGCUCGAAUAUGUACUCCCCUCAGUGUCAGAGCUACACGACUUGGAAACAAUCAACAUCUGUUAUUGCGGCGAUCUAACGGCAAUUUUCAAAUCUGAUGAUGAUCAUAAAAAAGAUAAAAGAGAAGCUGCUCCACAGCUACUUCCGAAACUGAGGUCGAUCCAUCUACAGGAGCUUCCGAAGCUACAACACAUAUACGAGCUAAACAUUUGUGCUCCGUCGCUGAAAGAGAUCAAGAUUAUGGGGUGUUUGAAUCUCAGAAAACUUCCUCUUUUCGGCCGGUUGGACGCUCGUUCAAUAAGAACUGUGAAGAUUAGCUGCGAGAAGGAUUGGUGGGAUAAGCUACAAUGGGAUGGGUUAGAAUCCAACCACCACUCCUCUCUCUUCAACCCAAAACAUUGUCCUUACUAUAAGAAGCGUAUGAAAGCUAGAUAUUUGUGAAGCACAGCUCUGCUCCAAUGUUCAUAUGCAAGGUGAACCAUCUCUCUCUCUCUCUCUCUCUCUCUCUCUCUCUAAAUAUUAAUUAUGCGUUUGUGUGUAUGCAUGUGUACUCGAUCGUUGUGUUUCUAUAUGUACGUAUGUUUGCUGAGGUCUUCAUAUGCUUUUGAGAAAUAAGCUAGCCAUAGUGCAGCAUGUCCUUUAUUUCUUAAUUAUUAUAUGAGUGAGUUUGUCUAUGCGUGUAAAAAAUAUUUUAUACAUUUGAUUGCUUGAGACUUGAGUAAUAUAACCAAGCAAAUGUCUA